AUGGACCUGAUCCACGCGCUUCUCGAUGCGGCGAAAUACGCUGUGGGCAUGAUCUUACCGCUGGCACUUUUCAUUGGGAGUUAUCGGCUCGCGUUCCACCCUCUUCGAACCUUCCCAGGCCCCUUCAUCGCCAAGCUCACCGAUGCAUACGGCGGUUACCAGGUGAAGCGGAAACGGCUCCAUCUUAAAGCGCAUUCCGACCUUCAGAAAUACGGUCCCGUGUAUAGACAGGGACCUAAUCGCCUUGUCUUCAACACGGUGGCGGCUCUUGGCGCAGAUUUGAGACGGCAUGCCUCGAUUCGCAAAUCACACGUUUACACCUUCACGUCGUUCAGCCGUGUCCCACAUGUCCUGGGGACGGUGGACCCGGAACCCCACCGAAUGAAGCGCAAUGUCUACGGACGUGUCCUCUCCAGCCAUUCCCUGCAGAGAUUCGAGCCGACGAUGCGCGGCGAGGUCGAUGUCUUUCUCCGAAAGCUCCUCGAGGCUGCCGAGGCUGGCCCGGUCAACAUGACGCCCCUUGUGUACAUGGCUUGGCCCGCCAUUCGAGCCUUGGAUCGGAUUGUUAUGCUGCUCAACAUGUCCAAGCUUCUCACAGCCGGAAGGCUCCUCAAGAAUAUCAUCAAAAGGCGGGCUGCCAUUGAAGAGAAUUCGGGGAGGCAUGACUUUUGGGCCGUUGCUUCGACAAGCCAUUCCGAAUCCGAUUCAGCAACAUCCAACUCGAUCGAAAAGAGCCAAGUAUGGGCCGAGGCUCUGUUUUUCUUUCCCGCAGGCGGCCAGACAUCCUCUUGCGCCCUGAGCGCUGCCUUCUUCUACCUGUCUCGCUACCCUCUUGUCUACACUCGUCUUGCCGCCGAAAUCCGCGACACCUUCUCAGACGGGUCCCUCAUACAGGGUGGGCCGCAGCUCCUCGGUUGCAAGUACCUGCGCGCUGUCAUCGACGAGACGCUCCGCAUGUCGCCACCCACAACGGUGAUGCCCUGGCGCGAAGUGGACCGCGAUCUCUCAUCCAAAGAACCCUGUGUCAUCGAUGGCCAUGUUGUUCCUGGCGGGACAUUGGUGGCUAUCAGCGCGUACUGCCUUAUGCACAACGAGGCGUACUUCCCCGAGCCGUUCGCCUUCCGGCCUGAGCGCUGGCUCGACAAGACUGAUCCUGAUAGACUGGCGAGAAUGGAGGAGGCCUUCAUCCCCUUUUCGUUUGGCGACACCGCGUGUCUGGGCAAGGCGAUGGCGUACAUGGAAAUUAGCUUGGUCCUGGCAAAGACGCUCUGGUAUUUCGACUUCAAGAAGGCGCUUGGAGAAUCGGGGAAGCUGGGUGGUGGUGGUCCGGGGGGGUGGGAUGGGGGCUUGCGCGAUCGCGUGGACGAGUUUCAGUUGUAUGAUGCUUUUGUGGGUGAGCAUGACGGACCCAAUCUUACUUUCAUCCCUAGAGAAAUGUUUUAG